UAGAAACGGGCGCUAUUAUGCCCUUAAUGCCCUCGCACGCCAGAGACACCAUCGGAGUGGAGGAUGAGAUUGGAUUCGUACUAUGCUCUGCUCCUGCUGCUCGUUUCCUUCAAUAUCGCUGCCGGUAAAGAUGAAGGAGUUUGUAUUUCGCCCGGUGGUCGGUUUCCUAGAUUUUCCAAUGAAGGUAGACCUCCAAGGAAGGUAAAUAAAGGACCAAGAGAUUUGAACCUGUGCAGGGUGUUCCGAGGGAAGACUUGCUGUGACAUAAGCCAAACACACCCUACAUUGUUGUCAAUUAGGAGGUUGUCGUCUGCGGGUGAAGCGAGCCAAGAGUGUUUGCACUUGUGGGAAUUGUUGGAAUGUUCCAUUUGCGAUCCGUAUGUCGGCGUCCAGCCCGGUCCUCCUCUUAUAUGUGCCUCUCUCUGUGAUAGAGUGUAUCAGGCUUGCUCCAAUGCAUACUUUGCAGUUGACACAAAGACUCAGGUUCUUGCACCAUGCGGAGUGAAUGACUUCGUUUGUGGAAGGGCCUCAGAGUGGAUCUCAAAUGGAACAGAACUCUGCAGGAUUGCCGGGUUCUCAGUCAAAUCGGUGUAUGAUGAUCCGGAAGAAGUGACUUGCUACGGAGGAAAAUCUAGUAGGGAUUCCAUAUCUAAAUCAUGGGGAACAUCGAACUCCAAGUAUACACAAACUGCUCACAGCUCAAGUACAGUGGAGGGUUUCAAGCACUGGGUGGAAGACAUUCUUUUCAGUGAAAGAGUAUCUUGGGCAAUAGGUGGAAUGGUUCUGACUGCAGGACUUCUAUUUGUCAGCCAACGCAGAAGCCGCAGGCAACGCUACAAACAAGCAGCUAUCAAACGCACGGUAAGAAAAUUGAACCCAGGCUCUCAGGUCAGGGAAGCAAGAAGGCAAGUGGAAGAUAGAUAGAGAGUAGAUUGUGAGAUCGAUGUGUUGUGCUCCAAUGUCUAGUUGUAGUUUCAAAAAUUGUUUUCCCAUUGCUUUUUUAGCAUUCUCUCUUCUAACUUUUCAUUUUUAAUAUACAUAUGCACUGUCAUUCGUGAAAUGGUAUUGAUGAUAUAUGUUACAAAAGUUCAUAAUUUUGAUUCGAUUUGUGUUUCGUACAAAUUUAUGCAAUAUGUUUUAAUCCUAU